CCUCUCCGCCUGUGGUAGUAAUGCUCUCGGGAGGAUAAGUGCGCAGAGAAGGCUGCGAACACCAAACCGCAGUUUUUCUUUACUGUCGUGUUUCUAAUAAAGGAGAGAAGCCAAAACAACAACAACAACAAAAACAAACCAAGGACACCCGUACAGGCUCUCGAUAUCAGCAGCACGACUACACGGUUAGGAUGGAGCAGCUGAGUGAAAUGGAGUGCGGAGUGCUGAAGCGGCUGCUGAAGGAGGACGGAACCGCGAGGUGCCUGGUGCUGGACUGUCGCUCCUUCCUGGCGUUCAGUGCCUGCCACAUCCGGAGCGCAGUGAACGUCCGCUGUAACACGAUCGUGCGCCGGAGAGCGAAGGGCUCUGUGUCUCUGGACCAGAUCCUGGCCGGGGAUGAGGAGGUGAAGAGCAGACUGAUCUCGGGCCUCUACUCGGCCGUCAUCCUGUAUGAUGAGCGCACUUCGGAUGCGUCCGCUCUCAAACAGGACAGUACCAUCGCGCUGGUGUUUAACGCGCUGGGCAGGGACACCUUCAACACAGAGGUCUAUCUCCUCAAAGGGGGCUACGACCGAUUUUUCUCUCAAUAUCCAGACUACUGUUUAAAGAGUAAAUCUCUGCCGAUGCCCGCGGCUCAGAGCAGCACCGAGACGAGCUGUAGCUCCUGCGCAACUCCACAACACGACCAGGGCGGACCCGUGGAGAUCCUUCCCUUCCUGUUUCUCGGCAGUGCCUUUCACGCGUCCAAAAAGGACAUGUUGGAUGGCAUGGGCAUCUCUGCUUUGCUGAAUGUGUCUUCAAGUUGUCCCAACCACUUCGAAGGAGCCUACCAGUAUAAGUGCAUCCCAGUGGAGGACAACCACAAGGAGGACAUCAGCUCCUGGUUCAUCGAAGCCAUCGACUUCAUAGACUCGGUGAAAGACUCCAACGGGCGCGUCCUCGUUCACUGUCAAGCAGGGAUUUCACGCUCAGCCACCAUUUGCCUGGCAUACCUCAUGAAGAAGAAGCGCGUGUGCCUGGACGAGGCUUUCGAGUUUGUCAAGCAGCGGCGCAGCAUCAUCUCACCCAACUUCAGCUUCAUGGGCCAGCUGCUGCAGUUUGAGUCACAGGUGCUGGCCACGUCAUGCUCAGUGGAGGCAGCCAGCCCGUCAGCCACCCUGGGCCCUAAGUCUUCCCCAUCAACAAGCUCACCCUUCAUCUUCAGCUUCCCUAUGGGGCCGGUGGGGCCACACGGGCAGCCCACUAACCUCUCCUACUUGCAGAGUCCUAUCACCACCUCACCCAGCUGCUGAUCAAAUGUUCAAGCCACGAAUGGCAAGACCUUUCAGACUUGUGCUGUAAACAGAGGCCACACUAAUGAAGGAUGCUAGUGUGGACAGUCCCCCUGAGGGGCUUCAGGGAAUCGGCACCAAUUUUCACCCCAACAUCUAGAAGUUUGAUUGGUGGCUGGUUGGCUGGGAGGGGGUCUCCAGGAAUGAAUCAUGAACUCGACAAAGAACAACAAACUUGUGUUCAUCUGUGAGGGCAAGGCAUCUCGGGUUCUUCCAAAGCCCUGCUGUGUGGUUUGAAUGAAAGCUGUGGGGGUAGGGACAUGCAUCCCCCUUUCCUCAUGGUCACACUUCCUGACAGCAGUAGGCCCUUCAGCUGUAGCAGGUGCUGCACACUUGUCCGGGACUGUUGGCUUUCUGUUAUCGUCCUCCUUCGUUUCUCAGUCAGAAAGAAAACGACUGAGCUUGUCCUGCACAGACCGAACCUGCUCAAGGUGAUGGGCUUCAUGCAGCAUGUCUCAUUUGUUUUUUUGGGUCAGUGCCUUGUAGAGAAGGUACAGGACACGCCGGGGACUGUCUGGGCCAUCGCAUCCUGCGCAUCACCUUCCCUGUGGGAUCGGAUCUUCAAAAGGCAGAUGGACAGGCAACUCUCGACUAAAACGUUUCAACUUGCAAUACGUCUCCGUCUCUCAACCGAAACAGAGCAAUAACAUCUCCCUGCCUCUUCCCAGUUGCCACCAAAGCACUGUUGUUUUCAGAUGUCUAUCACACUGUAUGAUCACGCUCUUGAUGUCUUGGUUUGUGUCUCUAAUAAUUUGUACAGUAGCCGGCUUGGGCGUUAUUUCUGCUGUAUACAUUGCAGAUAUAUUUAAAAAAAAAAAAGAAAAAAAAAAGUCUGUGGAAUUCUCCAGAACAGAAUGUUCUCCUUUUUUAUGAUGAUUUUGGUACGGAUUUGUUUCGUGAAGGGUACACUUUGAUAGGUCUAACCACUGUAACCUUUAUUUCUCAUGUAAAUGUGGUUCCGUUCGCGGCUGCAACUCUUGCUGCUCUGUACGACCGCGUUGGAUAAAUAUAUAACCAGAGUGAAGAUAGAUCGAGAUUCCUGCAGUCUUCUGAAUGUUUAUGUUACGACACGGCUCAGUAAGAGACUCCAGCUUGCUUUGAAGAGUAGAGUUCAUCUCACUAUAGAAGUGAGGGUUUAAUCAUUUCACUUUUCCUGACGAAUGUGGGAACCUUUUUUUUUUUUUUUUUUUUUCCCCUUCCUCUCUUUCUUUUUUAAGAGCACUUUUAAGUGAUGCAAUAUGCUGAGGUUUUGUUUUGCACAUGACCGGAGUAGAUACAACAGCUGAAUACUGUGCGUUUGUUACGCCCGUUAGAGCUUUACUUUGUGUCCAUGCAAAUCCCAUGGUCCGUCACCACAUCACUGAUGAAUGCAAUACUUUUUACUGUAUCCGUCGACCGAGACGUUUAGACUGCCGAUGGCAAUAUCAGUCGGUUCGAUUUUUAAAACGAUUUGUUGUGUAUGUAUGUUUUAUUUAUUCCUUGACUUCCAUUGUCAAAUAUAACAACGUUCUUUAA